AACCUCCUUUCGUUUAUGGAAACAUUUUCAGUGGAGGUGAAUAUAAGGCCCCUAUCAUUAUUACUGCUCCUUUGACUUCAUUGCGCAUGAGGUCGAUUGGUUGGGGAUUAGCUUUCUGGAAUAUUGAUACUAUUAAUGACCAUGUUGAUAAAGUCGAUGGUAAAAAACCUGCAGGAAAUGAUAAAGAGGGGGAAAAGGCGACAACCAAAGUUGUCUCGAAUCUUAUUGAUGUCGAUGGUCUUCCCGGUAGUUACCCUUUUGAAGCGACUGAGGAAAUUGAUGUCGAAGCCAUUUAUAACGAGCCGCCUCCAAAACUCUGUCGUCCUCCAAUGCAACCAAUGAAGAUGGAAUUACUAUCCCAGAAUCCACAUCCGAAAGAUGACCCGCCUAUCGAUGAUCAUGAUUCCAAAGAAUUAGAUCCUUUGAAGAACGAUAAUAAAAACAAUCUUUAUUGUGAGUAUGCCAGCGUAUCUCUGCAAAUAGGAAAAACUUUCGGCAGUAAGAAUCACAUUCCAUUAACCGAGAUGGGGAACACUCAAUCAGUCAGUUACAGAGAUGUCGUGAGAGAAAAUCAAGGAGGAAGUUCUAGCGGAAGAAGCAGUGUCAGGGCUCAAAAUCUAAACAAACCCACAGGAGGAUACAGUAAUGAGCCCUAUUCAAUCCUCAAAUUUGAAGAAUUCAUUCGCAAUUUGCCAGUAAUCAGAGAAAAAAUAAGAACGGUUGCACUUUUUUUAUCUUUCGGUUCGAAUAUUGCAUUUACUCCAAGCCGUCAAGAGUUUUAUAAACUGGGAUUUUAUCCCAUAUUCUGUUGUGUUCAUACAUACAGUCCAUAUAAUUGCAAUCAAGCGAAAGGUUUUAUUACCGACGUGGCAUUGAAUUGCUGGGCCAAUGGGUGGAGAAUUGUCUUGUUUGUAUUUAGUCAUUCCGCUAUCGAUCCCGAACUGAAUGCCGACUUUAUUCGUGAAUUACGCAAAGUCUUUCUCAAACAAACCUUAUCAAUAAUUGCAAUUUACACUACUCAUUAUUUCAAUGUUCGGUGGUAUUUUUUUAAUGCCGGCGCAAACGCUGUUAUAACUAGUGGUAAAAAAGAAGCGCUUUUACAAGUUUUUUAUGAAGCGUAUAAAACUUCCGGUGCCGAAGAAGAAAUCGUCAAAUUUUACAACAAGGCUGAACCGUAUUAUGAAUUCACAAAUUUCUUUAAAGCUGAGGUUAUCAUUGAUGAUCUUAAGUGGCCUUCGACUGAACAUUAUUUUCAAGCAUCGAAAUUUGAUAAUCUGGAACUUCGCGAAAAAAUCCGUACUCACGAAUAUGCACGUGACGCUUUUAGGAUUGCGCGCGAAUAUGACAGAAUGAAACGUGGUAAUUGGGAACUUCCUAAAGGGGAUCCAUACAAAGAAAAAAUUAUGAAAAAAGCCUUGAGGUAUAAAUUCACGCAGCAUGAAGACUUGAAGUAUUUAAUCCUUUCCACUGGAACGGCAAGAAUUCAUGAGCACACCACCAACGAUUACUAUUGGGGAGAUGGGGGUCGAAAUGGUGGAGGUUUGAAUCGCUUGGGCGAGAUGCUGCAAGAACUCAGGACUCAAUUAAUGCUUAAAGAGUGUCAUCGGAUGUCUUUAAAGUAUCGUCCAUAUGAAUCCAAGUUGGAGAGAUGGAUAAUUCCUGAAUUGAACGAGUUAAAUUAUUUGGAGGGCUUUCCCGAAGUUCAACAUAGUAGGAUAUAA